UUUUUCCUAUUCUCUGGCUACUGUUCGAAACAGAUAAAGUUUAUAUAGCCAAAUAGCUUACUUGUUCUGACUUUGGCCAAACCAAGACUCUGUACUCGACAGUCUAGAGAUUAGUUUAGAGUUGAAUCUGUGGGAAAUUGCUUCCUACAAAGUUUCGAACAGUAGAUUCGAUAUACCUACUGAAAUGACUUCCAUUAAACACUACGAUUCCGAUGAGAUUCCAGAAUUAUCAUCACAUCAUUCAGGAGUUUAUGACGAGGAUCAACUUGGAAAGAACGAACUCAAAAACAACAGCAUGAUAGAACUAGAGAUAGCUAGGUUGCGCAUAACCCAGUUAGAAAAGGAAAUUGAACUAGAAAAAUUACGCUGCCGGAGAUAUGAAGGUUCCGGCCAAUCAGUAAGCAACAGUGAGAAUACAAUAUUAAAAAAUCUGUAUUUACCAAAAAGAGAAGUCAUAAGGUUUGAUGGUACACCGACAAAUUAUUGGAAUUUCAUUAGAAAUUUCGAAGAAUGCAUUGGGAGUGAGAAUAUUGGAUUUAGAGCUAAGCUAAAUUACUUGAUUCAAUAUUGUGACGGAGAAGCGAAAGCCGCUAUCCUUCAUUGUACUAUACUAGAACCAGAGAUAGGUUACCAUCAAGCCCUAAAGCUUUUAGAAGAAACGUUUGGCCAAAAACACGUCGUAGCACGCACGUUUAUCGAUAAUUUGUUAAACUUUCCCAAUAUAAGGAGAAAUCAACCAGAUGGUUUGAGAAGAUUAUCUCGAGAAAUGCAAGCAUGUAGUUUGACUCUCGAACAGAUGAAUUACGUUUCUGAUUUGAACUCUUCUAGAACUAUUGAAACUAUGGUUCUGAAAUUACCAACGCACAUUCAACAAGAGUGGCUAAAGGUAGCUUAUAAGAUUAUCAGAGGAGGCAGAGAGCCUCUGUUUACCGAUCUUGUUGAGUUUGUAAAGGAGCAAGCUGAUAUAGCUAAUACUAGAUACGGCCUACUCAUCAACCGCGGUAGUAAUAGUGACAAUAGAGAUGUUGGCGUUUUAAAAAGGGAAAUUAGUACAGAUUACAAUGCAGCAAGAAUAUCUUAUGUGAGUGCUAGUGAUGAUAAUGCUCUCUUACGCAGUUCAUCUUGUUUGGAGUGCUCCAGUAAUCAUUCUUUAGAUCAUUGUCAGAAAUUUAAAGACAAGAAUGUUAGAGAAAGGAAGGAAUUCGUUCUUAGACACAAGUUGUGUAAUGUAUGCCUGAAGGCAAACCACGUAGCAAAAAACUGUCGAUCGCCGAGGUCGUGUGCUGUCGAAGGGUGUGGCUGGAGACACCAUACCCUGUUACAUGAGUUGCGGGAAGAACCAAGGAAUACUAAUAUUGAUGCACACAUUAACACCCAGCUAUGUACGGAGAAAAGUGUUGAGAGUGUACAGAAACAAGCAGCAUUCGCAAUAGUGCCUGUACUGGUAAGAAAUGGAGAAAAGGUAGCACAGACUUGCGCUUUCUUAGAUAGUGGGUCGGAUGCCUCGCUUAUUACAGAAGAUCUAGCUAAAAGGUUGAAUUUAGAAGGAGAGCCUAAGACGAUUUCGUUGAAAACGUUGGAUAACCAUUCCACAAUUCAGUGUAAAGAGGCUCAACUAGAGGUUUCCUCCUUAGACUCGUCUUCGUCAUUUAGAAUCCCAAACGUAUGGACAGUCGAGAGAUUACCUGUGUUGCGCAGGACGGUACCAACGACGUCUCAAAUGAAAUCCUGGACGCAUUUAAAAGACAUAAGUUUUCCUAGAGUAGAGGAUGAGAAUGUCAAACUGUUGAUCGGGCGCAACGCACCGAGUGUACACGAAAUGAAGGAGAUAAGAACUGGAAAGCCGAAUGAACCAUUCGCCGUGAAGACUCCGUUAGGUUGGACGCUGUUCGGUUCCUAUAGGGAACCUUGUAAAAGCAAUUGUGCACUCAACCACCUCUCAGCUAAAGAGGAAUUAGAGGAUUUCGAACUCCCAAGACACGAUGAUGAGUUCCUAGAUCGAUUUCGUACGUGCAAGUCGUGGUCCAGACUUCUAAGGGUAUUUUCAUACUGCAGACGGUUUAUCAAUAAUAUGUUAAACAAGAGGAACGGAAAUCGUCUAACCUUAGGCGCGCUAAGUGCUGAGGAUAUCGAAAAUUCGAAGAGUGACAUAAUUAAACUAGUCCAAAGUGUCGCGUACCCGACCGAAAAAAGAAUUCUAAACAGCUCACCGUUGACGCUCGGAGAAAACGCUUUUAGACAGCAAAAAGGUCAAGAAGCAAUGGGCGAGGUGAACAGGAGAAAAAAAUUAAUUCGUCGAAGUUCUAUAAGAAAUCUCAACCCUUUUAUGUUUGAAGGCAAAAUCCGCGUGGGAGGACGUUUGCAGUUAUCAUGUUUACCAUUUGAAACCAAAUAUCCGAUUAUUCUUCCUAAUAAUCAUUUUGUUACAGAUAUGAUUAUAAUGCGUUAUCAUGUGAUUAACGCACAUGUUGGAGUUACUCAAACUCUGAGUAGUAUUCGUGAGGAGUAUUGGAUUGUUAGAGGAUAUUCUACUGUUCGGAAGGUUCUAAAACGAUGCUAUUUAUGUAGAAGACUUUAUCCUAAACCAUGUUCCCAGUUAAUGGCACCGUUGCCGGAAUACCGAGUAGAGACUCAUUCGCCACCCUUUAGUCAAGUAGGCGUGGAUUACUUCGGACCGUUCUAUGCCAAACGUGGUAGAGUUGUCGAGAAACGUUAUGGCUGUUUAUUCACCUGCUUAUCUAUUAGAGCCGUUCACAUCGAAAUGGCCUACUCUUUAGAUACGGAUUCAUUUCUAUGCGCAUUAUCAAGAUUUAUUGCCAGAAGAGGAUGUCCAAAGCGUAUUUUUAGUGAUAACGUCACAAACUUCCAGGGUGCAGAUGUCAGUUUGAGACAGAUUAUACGCUCCUGGAAUACUAAUAAAAUAAAAAACCAUCUUAAAGAACGAGAAUGUGAGUGGCGUUUUAACCCACCUAGAGCAAGUCAUCGAGGUGGUGUGUGGGAACGCAUCAUAAGAUCAAUUAGAAGAAUCUUAAGAGUGCUUUUAUUCCAAAACGUGUUGACCGAUGAAACUCUGCAAACCUUUUUAACUGAGGCGGAACGGAUACUGAAUGACAGACCUCUGGUUAAGAUGACAGAUGACCCUGGUACCCUAGAAGCUCUUACCCCGAACAAGUUGUUGUUGAUUCAUAAAAAACUAUCAUUCGACGAUGCUUCGGUGGAUAAGACGUUAUUAUACAACAAAAGAUGGAAAGAAGCUCAAAGACUAACCACUGCAUUCUGGAAUAGAUGGAUAAAAGAAUAUUUACCGACUCUCCAAGCAAGAGACAAAUGGUUGGACGUACACAAGAACUUACAACCGGGUGACUUAGUCCUCGUUAGUAACGUCGAAAUGAAUAGAGGUCUAUGGCCUAAGGCUAUAGUCGAGCAAGUAAGCUAUGGCCCGGACGGACGAGUCCGCACGGCAAAGUUGAGAACUUCAAACGAAGAAAUCGUCAGAGAUGUGCGAAGCCUAUGCCUGCUGGAAGAAGCCGGUUGUCUGACGGCGACGACGGCCCUGGACAAUGGACGUGGUGCGCGUUUCGGGGGGAAGUGUAAAAUGUGAUCGAUAAACGAACCCACCAAUAAUAAAGGGAAACGCCCACCAUCACAUUAACUCCUUUUGACCUUGUACGACUGUAUCUCUUUAUUAACCAAUCACAGUUUAACGUUCAUUGUAAAACAAUAAUUGCUUGUUGACUCAUUUUUUCCUAUUCUCUGGCUACUGUUCGGUAGGUUAUUUGUCUCUUUUCCCCUGUAUUAGUAGACUGUACUGUUCGUUUGCACACUAACGAUGUUAAUUUAUGUUUUAGAAACAGAUAAAGUUUAUAUAGCC